CAGCAGAACAAGAACAAGACCCAGCUCAAUUUCUUAUCCCCAACAAGCCUCGUGGCACAUGCACGGCAACAUUUAAUCUCAGCGUCCUCCCGUGCCACAGGGCGGAACAAGGAUGCAGCCCAGACCCUUGCAUCGCCGAUCUUCACUGCGCGAACUACGAAACCGUCAGCCAUCACCGUGAAAAGAAAGGGGACACAUCGUGCGUCCAUAAGGCAGUUCUGUUCCAGCACUCGGGACAUUCUCAACAUCAACCCAAUCCCUUCACCCUCGUCCCUCGUUCAUAUACCUACCAGCCGGGGAUCCCAUAUGCCACGCCCUCGAUAGCCACGUCCAGCUGCCUACCUCCCUACACUCAACACUCCUCCGUCCGCAUCACAUCUGCCAACAUGCCGUCCAUGUGGUUAUCCGACGCCCAAAAGGUGGGCGUCGCGUUCUGCUCCGGAGGCACAUUCUUCCUCCUCGGCGGCCUCCUCAUGUUCUUCGACCGCGCCAUGCUUGCCAUGGGAAACAUCCUCUUCCUAAUCGGCCUUCCCCUCCUCCUCGGCCUCCAAAAAACCUUCUCCUUCUUCGCCCGCCGCCACAAGCUCCCCGGCACCGCCGCCUUCACCCUCGGGAUCCUUUUAAUCCUCUUCCGCUGGCCGCUGAUCGGGUUUUUGGUGGAGUUAUAUGGAAUCGUGGUGCUGUUCGGGGACUUUCUAGGGACGUUGGUCGGGUAUGCCGGGCAGGUUCCGGUGGUGGGGCCGGGGAUUCGCGCGAUGGGGGAGAGGGUGGGGUUGGCGGGGGAGGGGGGUUUGCCGGUGUGA